UGCCCGAGAGGGAAGGUGGCAAAGGAGAUUGUUUGGGUCCGAGUGGACUGCGGGAGGUAGCUAAGAGGAAGGGCAGAAGCCGGCCGCUAUGGGGGUGCCGAAGUUUUACCGGUGGGUCUCGGAGCGGUAUCCUUGCCUCAGCCAGGUGGUGAAGGAGCAUCAGAUUCCAGAAUUUGACAACUUAUAUUUGGACAUGAAUGGCAUUAUUCAUCAAUGUUCACAUCCCAAUGAUGACGAUGUUCAUUUUCGAAUCUCUGAAGAUAAGAUCUUUGCUGAUAUAUUUCACUAUUUAGAAGUUUUGUUUCGCAUUAUUAAACCAAGGAAAGUUUUUUUUAUGGCAGUUGAUGGAGUAGCUCCAAGAGCAAAAAUGAACCAGCAACGUGGCAGACGGUUUAGAUCAGCAAGGGAAGCAGAAGACAAAAUUAAGAAGGCGUUAGAAAAAGGAGAAACUCUUCCAACUGAAUCCAGAUUUGAUUCUAAUUGCAUUACACCAGGGACAGAAUUCAUGGCCAAGUUGCACGAACACCUGAAGUAUUUUGUAAAUAUGAAGAUUUCCACAGACAAAUCUUGGCAAGGCAUAACUGUCUACUUAUCAGGCCAUGAGACACCAGGAGAAGGAGAACAUAAAAUUAUGGAAUUUAUUAGAUCAGAAAAAGCAAAGCCUGACCAUGAUCCAAACACAAGGCACUGUCUCUAUGGUUUAGAUGCUGACUUGAUAAUACUUGGGCUGACAAGUCAUGAGCCACACUUCUCCCUUUUAAGAGAAGAGGUCAGGUUUGGUGGCAAAAAAUCACAAAGAGCAAGUGCCCCAGAAGAAACCACUUUUCAUCUUUUGCACUUGUCAUUAAUGAGAGAAUAUAUUGACUAUGAAUUUUCACCAGUUAAAGACAAGAUUUCGUUUCCAUAUGAAAUUGAAAGAAUAAUAGAUGACUGGAUUUUAAUGGGCUUUCUUGUUGGAAAUGAUUUUAUUCCUCAUCUACCUCAUUUUCAUAUUAACCAUGAUGCAUUGCCGCUGCUUUAUAGGACAUACAUGACUACAUUGCCUGAACUUGGAGGUUAUAUAAAUGAAAGUGGGCACCUCAACUUGCUCCGUUUUGAGAAAUACCUUAUAAAAUUGUCAGAUUUUGAUCAUGAACACUUCAGUGAAAUCUUUGUAGAUCUAAAAUGGUUUGAAAGCAAAGUUGGUAAUAAAUAUUUAAAUGAAGCAGCCGGUAUUGCAGCUGAAGAAUCAAAAAAACAAAAAAAUCUAAAGGCUCAGGAAAAUGCUAUAUGCUUGGAUGCUUUAGAGAAAACUGACAGUGAAAAUGUAGAAGCUUCAAAAAUGGCAUUAGAAGAUGAACUGGAAGAUGAUGGCUUGUUUGAAGCAGAAUUUAGACAAUACAAACGAACAUAUUAUAUGACAAAGAUGGGCAUAGAAGUUGUUUCAGAUGACUUUCUGGCUGACCAGGCAAAAUGUUAUGUCCAGGCAAUACAGUGGGUAUUGCAUUAUUACUACCAUGGUGUUCAAUCCUGGAGCUGGUACUACCCUUUCCAUUAUGCACCUUAUCUCUCAGAUAUUUGCAAUAUCAAUGAACUUAAGAUUCAUUUAGAUUUAGGAAAACCAUUCAUGCCAUUUGAACAACUUCUUGCAGUACUGCCUGCAGCCAGCAAGGAUUUAUUACCGAAAUGUUAUCAGCAUUUAAUGACUAGUGAAGAGUCUCCCAUUAUUGAAUAUUAUCCCACAGAAUUUAAAACUGAUUUAAAUGGAAAGCAACAAGAAUGGGAAGCUGUAGUUUUAAUCCCAUUUAUUGAUGAGAAACGAUUAUUAGAAGCCAUGGAACCAUGCAACAAAUUAUUGAAAGCAGAAGAAAAGCAAAGAAAUAGACAUAGUGAAUGCUUAAUGUACUUAUAUGAUAAAGAUAAAGAAUUACAGUAUUUAUCACCAUGGCCAGAAAAGUUCCUUUCCAUAGAAAAGUGUCAUACUAGGUGUGAAGCUGUGUCUAUAGAUGCUUGGCAUGUGGAUAUAGCCGAUAAUAAAAUAACUCAAUUAGAUACCGAGAAGUUAUAUUUUUGUGGCUUUCCUACUCUAAAACACAUUAAUCACAAGUUUGGUCUGAAAAAAAGUGGGGUGCAAGUAUUUCAGCAAAGCAGUCAUGGAGAAAAUAUGUUGCUGGAAAUUAUCGCUGCAGAAGAUUCAGAGGAGUUGAGUAUAGAAAAAGUAGCCAGUUUGAUACUUGGGAAAUCAGUCUUUGUUAACUGGCCACAUCUUGAGGAAGCCAGAGCUGUUGCUAUAUCUGAUGGUGAAACUAAGUUUUACUUGGAGGAGCGUCCUGGAGCCCAGAAACUUUAUAGGGGAAAUGCUAUGCCACCAACUAAAGUAACACUUGUUGGAGAAAAGGAAAAUAAUAUAUGGAUAAAAGAAAUCCAGGGAAUUUCAGAACACUACCAAAGAAGAAAAGGAGUAAUUAUAAAUGAAACAUCUAUAAUUGUAUAUGCCCAGUUACUAACUGGGAGUAGAUAUCAGUUAAAUCAAAAUGGUGAAGUGUAUUUUGAAAAGCAGUGGUCCAAGCAAAAUCUACCUUUUGCAUACCAGACAAUUGUCAAGGAUAUAAAAACUUUUGAUUGCCACUUCUCCAAACUAAAAACUUUGGAUGACCUAUUCCCUCUUGGAUGCACAGUUUUCAUGAUAGGAACACCUUAUUAUGGCUGCACAGGAGAAGUUCAGGAUUCCUCAGAUGUUAUCUCAGAUGGCAGAAUCCGUGUUGUUUUCAACAUUCCAAUUGAACCUCAGCUUGAUAUCUUAAUACAGAAUCAGCAUAAAUAUUCUGUGAAAUAUAAUCCUGCAUAUGUGUUGGCCAGUCGCCUUGGAGUGAGCAGUUAUCUUGUGUCAAGAUUUACAGGAAGCAUUUUUAUUGGAAGAGGAGCCAGGAGAAAUCCACGUGGAGACCAUAAAGCAAAUGUAGGUUUAAAUCUGAAAUUCAAUAAGAGGAAUGAAGAAGUCCCUGGCUACACUAAAAAAGUUGGAAAUGAAUGGAUGUACUCCUCUGCAGUGCAACAGUUUCUAGCUGAAUAUUUAGAAAGGGUACCAGAACUUUUUACUUACUUAGCCAAAAAUAAUCCAGAAGAUAUAUUUUAUGAAGAUGACAUUUGGCCUGGUGAAGAGGAGAAUGGUGCUGAGAAGGUUCAAGAAAUCAUGUCAUGGCUAAAGACUCAUCCUGUCAGUACACUCUCACGUUCAUCUUGUGAUUUGCAAAUUCUGGAUGCAGCUAUCAUUGAAAAGAUUGAAGAAGAAAUAGACAAAUGCAAGCAAAGAAAAAGUAAUAAGAAAGUGCGUGUGACAGUGAAACCUCACUUAUUAUACAGACCUUUAGAACAACAACAUGGAAUUUUACCAGAUCAAGAUGCAGAAUAUCGAUUGUUUGAUCGUGUUGUGAAUGUGAGAGAGAACUUUUCUGUUCCCCUUGGACUCCGUGGUACUAUAAUAGGAAUUAAAGGAGCUAGCAGAGAAUCUGAUGUGCUGUAUGAAGUACUGUUUGAUGAAGAAUUUCAUGGAGGUUUGACAAUAAGGAGUUCACCUUCCAGAGGAUACCGUAUACCAGCUUGUGCCUUAAUUAACAUCUCUUAUGGCUAUCGAACUGAAACAGGAAGUCAGAAGUUAACAGCUAUAGUUAAGCCACAGCCAGCUGUGAGUUCCUACAACUCAUAUUUAUCUGAAUCCUUUUCUGUAUCUUCCCAAAAAGCACAGCUAGGAGGCCUCAAUCAUUCUCCUCGUUCUCUCUUUGUUCCAACUCAACAAUUGAAUGGAAGACAGCACUAUAGUAUCAAAGCAGAAAAGCAGGGCAAUUCCAGUUCUCAGCAUAAAGUAACCUAUACAAGUAACCAUCAGAAAUGUAAACAAGCCCACAAUAAAAAAGAUGAUGAAUUUUGCAACAUUUGGCAAUCAUUGCAGAACCCUGGAAAGUCUCAGCCUUCCCCACAAAAUAAGGAUGAUGUGGAUGAAGUUUUUUUACCUCAAUAUGUAAAAUUCGGUACCAAUAGUAGGUCCUGCAAACCAGGUUUCAAUGAGAAUAGCUUUAAAAGCCAGCAAAAAGCCCAGGACUCGUUUAGAAAAUUUCAAGCCAAAGAAGAUUCUAAAGAGCCAAGAAAUGAAGGUCAAAUACAAAAAAUAUCCAACAAACUGAAUUUUGCAGAUGUAAGUAAGAGUAAUAUAAAGCUUCUGAAGAGAAAUGAAGGCUCAAAUACACAAAUAGAACAAAAAUCUGCAGUUCAUGAUCCCAGUAUAACUGCAAAGAAUGGGUCAGAACUUGGAGAUAUUUUGGCAACUUUAAAAAUUUUCAAAGAAAAGGAACAAUCGCCUGAUUCCACGGAGCCAACAAAUGAAGAUCAUUUAUCUCCCCAGUCUUUUGCCAUGAAAGGAACACAGAUGCUCAAAGAAAUUUUGAAGAUAGAUGUUUCUGCCGCUCCAGAAGGAAAGACUCAUGAAAUUUCACCUUCCACUUGUAAACAGGAUUCUUUUGAACCUGCAUCACAAUGUAGACAACCCCAAAAGAUAGUGGAUUUCAUGAAUAAAUCUAAUAUUGGAGGGUCACAGAACAUUCAGGCCAUGGGAAAAGGAAGCCAUCCUCCCCUUGGAACAGUAUCUACUGCUGUGUCUGAACUUUCUCGUAUCUGUUCCCUUGUUGGAAUGUUGCAACCAGAUUUCUCAUUCCUUAGAACCCCACAGACAAUGACAGUUUGUCAAGUGAAGUUAUCCAAUGGCUUAUUAGUGCAUGGACCUCAGUGCCAUUCUCAAAAUGAGGCCAAGGAGAAAGCAGCAUUUUUUGCUUUACAACAGUUGAGCUCUAUUGGGAUGAAUUUUCCCCUGCCACCGCAGCAACCAUUGCCGCCCCCGCCAAUGUUUCCAAAUUAUCAGCCACUGGGAAAUCUUAUGGCACCUAGAUCUAUCCCUCCAGUUUUCAGUCAACAACAAACUGCUAAUAUAUUUCCUUCAUCAUUUCCUGCCUUUGGCUCAGUGCAGUGGGGAACACCAAUGCCAGUUCACAACAAAUCUUAUUACACAGGUUCAUAUCCUGGAAAUGCAUAUCCUGCAGAUAUACCAGUUGGUACACAUAACCAAUUUAUACCAUUGCAGGUAACUAAAAAAACAGCUGCAAACAAAAUAAAUUUUGAGUCUAAGGAGUUCCAAGCUUCUCUUCAGGAUGCACAGUUGAAGAAUGAUCAGUCAAUAUCUGACACCACAAAACUGAAUUCACUAGAUACUUCCUCAGAUCCUUUAAGACCCUCUCAAACUGUUCAGUCUGCAGCAUCUUUUCAAGAAAAAAUGGCAUCUCCAAAUUCAAGGGUACCUCAUAAAAAGUCAACAUCAAAUGUUUCUAGCAAACGAAAACCCAGAAAAUUGGCUGUCAAUUUUGGUGCAUCGAAAUCUUCAGAAUAAGUAUGGUAUACAGAAUACUUACCUUUCUAUUGUAUUAUACGAAUAAAUACAAUUUUAAAUUUUAAUUCUAAUCCAAAUUAUGCUUUUAAAUAAUAUUUUCUGCCUGUUGCAUUAUUUUUAAUACUAAUUAUGCCCGUUAAAGAACUUUAUUUAGUUGAUAAAAUUAAGGUAGUUACACUAGCCAUCUUGCCUAAUUUUUUUUUAAUGGCUUUUAAACAUUAACACAAGAGAGCAGCAAUAAUAUUGAUAGUGCUAGAAUUGCUUUUUUAAAACUGGAAGUGAGUCUGAAAGAAUUAUUCCAGAUGAUUUGUCUCCUUUUUAAAGAUUACAUAACUUCUACAAACUAUUUAUAUGUAACCAUUAUUUUAUUUCUAUAUGAUUCUUUUAAUCUGAUACAGUGUGAAUAGAUUUUAACUAUUGUGGCACUGCCAACUUUAAAUAAAAUU